UAUAGGCUCAUAAUGUCUGCCAUUUUUAAAUCGAAACACAACUUAUCGUUCGUAAAUAAGUAGAGUCGGACAUAAAUCUAGAAGAAAAUGAUGGACGUAAAGGAUUAUCUGGCGCAGAAACAAAGUGCAAAUCAACCACUAUGUAGUGAUUGGUCUGUUAUGGCAGAAUUAUACGAUAAAAGAUUGUGGCAUCAGUUGACUUUAAAACUGUUGGAGUUUGUCAAGAACGAGCAUUUUUCAACGAAUGGAGGACUGCUUGAGUUAUACGAAAAUUUCCUUUCCGACUUUGAAAACAGAAUCAAUCAUCUAUCUUUAAUGGAGAUCUUAAUGUCAGUUGUCAAGGAAAUUCAAGAUCCAGAAAAGGCUAUUGCGUUUCUUAAAAAGCAAAAGGAAAAGGUACUUGUAACAAGUUUAUGUUCAAACAAUGGGCGACAGACUUAUAAUUCUGGUUUAUUAGAGAAAAAGGAUAUAAUUGAAGAAGUCAACACACUUCUUGAGAACAUCGAAGGCAUAACUACUGUUCAUGCACAGUUUUAUGAUCUCUCCUCUGGUUACGAUAAGUUGGCCGGUUCUUUCAACGACUACUACAGAAAUGCACUCAGGUUCUUGGGCUGUUUAGACAUAGCAGACCUUUCAGAAAGAGAACAGGAAGAGCGAGCUUUCAAUUUAGCAUUGGCAGCUUUACUUGGAAGUGACAUUUAUAAUUUCGGUGAACUGUUGGCUCAUCCAGUGCUUGAUUCUAUAAAAGAUUCGAAAGAUGAAUGGAUUGUCAAUUUACUAUACGCGUUUAACAGUGGAGAUAUUCUCAGAUUCGAAAAACUGAAGCCAACGUGGACAAAACAACCAGAUCUUGCAAGUAACGAAUUGCUUUUGCGACAGAAGAUAACAUUACUGUGCCUAAUGGAGAUGGCUUUCAAUCGACCGCCAAAUGAUCGCUCACUACAAUUUCAAGAAAUUGCCACGCAUGCUCAAAUUCAGUUAAACGAGGUCGAACUUCUCGUCAUGAAAGCAUUAUCGAUUGGAUUGAUAAAAGGGUCUAUAAAUGAAGUAAACAAAGUUGUCCACGUAUCUUGGGUGCAACCUCGUGUCCUUGAUAAAAAACAGAUCUCUAAUAUGAAAGACCGCCUUUCCGAAUGGUGUGACAAGACCAAAACUACGUCGUACAUGGUUGAAGAUCAAGUACCAGAAUUGUUAAUAUAGUGAAGAAAAUUGCGAGCAAACUCCCUGAUGAUAAUAGAAUCAAAACUCUGUUAUAAUGUUGUUCGUUUGCUCCAUUAUAAGAUAGUUUAAAUAAAAAUGAAAAACAAACACUCUCUACGAUAACUAUUCAAAGAAAAUCUCUCAAUGUCAUGCGCUAUUAUCAAAUCACUCAUUAAACAUUCCUCAUUAUCCGCA